UUAUUACAUGACAUACUCCAGAAUUUUAUGACAUUUCUCUAGAGAAGUUCUCUACCCUUGUAAAGGGGGUUUUAUUUGUCGGCUUCACUCGCUCGAAGCAAUUGUCCCUGAUUCUGAGAAUGUAAUCGAGUGAUCCUGCAAUUAUGAAAUAUUAGGGUCAUUAUUCGAGCUAAACUAUCUGACUACACGUAAGAGUGGUUCAUAUGCAAAUAGAUAGUCGUUGUGAGUGCAAUGCCAAUGUGGAAUACCCCGGGGGUGGAGUAUUUGAUCAGUCGCUUGAACGAAAUCAUCUUCAGUCGCUGGACAUUAAUCGCAUCGCUCGGACGCACCGGCAUAUUUUUCAAAUUUUUCUAAACUUUUUUAUUGAUUUAACUGCAGUCAAUAGCCCAGUGAACUGACAAAAAAAAUUUUUUCUAUGAAAUAAAUAGUGGGGAAGUUCGGAAAAUGACAUUUAUUCACCUCAUCGUUUUAGUUUUCUUUACUUCUGGUGUCCACGUGAGUUUGCAGAGUGACGGAUCAUCUUGGACAUACACUGGUGAAAAUGGACCUGAGAACUGGGGUGCCGUCUGUACAAACGGAAAACACCAGUCCCCAAUUGACAUCAUCUCCGAGGACGCCAUCAAACUUGAUUUGGGCUCCUUGAAGUUUACGCGAUAUGAUUUUGCGUAUGAGGCAACGCUCGUGAACAAUGGCCACAGCGUUCAAAUAACUCUGUCAGGAGUGUCUCUGUAUCUGAAUGGUGGAGGCCUGAACUCGACGUAUAACUUUGAACAGAUGCACUUUCACUGGGGUGCUGAACACACCAUUGACGGACACCGCGACGUUCUUGAGCUUCACCUCGUGCACUUCGAUAAAAAAUACGACAAUGUUUCCAUUGCUGCGCAGCAUGAAAACGGCGUUGUUGUUAUUGCGGUUUUAUUUAAGUUGAGUGAUCGAGACAAUAAAGAUCUCGAUCCAAUAAUCCAAGCGACGGAGAUGGUAGGCUCCCAAUGGGUAGGGACCACUCGAGCAAAGAUACAGCAGAAAAUCAUCCCUCAGUUAUUACUUCCGAAGGACAAGACAUCCUUCUACAAGUAUCAAGGAUCAUUAACGACACCAGGAUGUCAGGAAACCGUCACGUGGUUUAUAUUUACGGAAAAAUUGACGGUUUCACUGGAACAGUUGAGGGUUUUCCAGAGAUUAGAAACACCUCAGGGCCCUUUACUAUUCAACUACCGACCGAUUCAGCCCAGUAACAACAGAAAAAUCUACCACCAUUUAAUAGGAUAUUCUUCAAGCUCAAUUACACUCACCAGUAAUUUAACACACAUUACAUUAUUAUUAUUAAUAUCAUUAUUAUCGUACUCCCAUAAUUUUUAGAAAACCAACUUCUCGAAAUAAUGGCCAGGAUGUUCAUGCGAUACCAAUACCGCCAGUUAUUCUAGUCGUUUAAUACCCAUGAAUUUAAGGAAAAGCAAUAUAAGAAUGCAUGAUAAUACUUCAACUUUUUAUUAUCAGAGCAAUCGUUAUCCAUUGAGGAUUGAUACCAUUGAAAUUUACACAGUGAAUUUAAUUUUUUUUUACUGAUGAUUUCUUCAAAAAUAUACAUUCUCACGUCUCUUUAA